AUGAGCUCCUCUUUUCCCAAAUCCGAAUCCAAGACCUCAUUGCUGAAAUCUUCCUCGGCAAGCGGAAGAUCGACACACUUACCUGAACUCACGACAGAAACCGACCGAAGUCAUCAUCAUCACCACCGUCCAGCUGCAAGUCAAGUAAGCAAUGCCGCAGAGGAGUCAUUCUGGUCGGCAGAGUGCGACAUUAGUGCGCGGAGACCCCUGUGCCACCCCUCGCUCCUCGGUACCCGGAAUAGGGCAACGACCCGAGCUAGUAAGAGCCAGUCCCACGCCCCGCACGGCCACGUCCCCGCCGCCCACUCCCAGGAUGACCCAUCUGAGCAACAUGGUGUGGGCCGAGGUGUGAGAGAACGCUGCAAGUCAUCCAAGCAUCACCGACACCACCGGAAAACGACCCGGGACGACCCGCCACCUGCACAUCAACACAUUCACACUCACCCUACCCGCUUAGAUCCAAGAAUAGGCAAACAGCCCCACUCAGACUGCAAAGACGACACCGCGCUCUUGUUUGAAUCGAGGGACCAUACAAGGGCCAGUUCGUCCGCUAGCGGGGAUGCCAGCAUCCCGUCCCCAGGUUCCUCCUCACCUAUCCCCGUAUCCAGCCAAUCAUCACAUCGCUCUGGAAGGUCCAGUGCGGCAUCAUGUGAAUCCGACUUUUUGCGGCCAAUUCUCAACUCGGUUUUUGGACAGGUAAGACCCUUGCCUAAAACAUAAUACACAUUAAAUUGUUAAUUAAAAGUAUUUCUUAAUUAUGAAAAAUAAUGAUUCAUUUGCAAUCACAAAUUAUAAGGCUAAGCUUCUUCAAAGCGUUUGGUCUUUAUGAUUAAACAGAUUAAAUUGUGGUGAGGACAUGAAUGGAUAGACUGUAUUUCAUAAUCAAUAAGGCCUAUUUAGCCCUGUAAUGUAGGCUAUUUCUUAAGAGGGAGUAGGCCUACCUUUAUCAGAGUAUUGAUCUCAGAUAGAGAGGUAGUAGUCUGAAUGUAAUUGAUAGUGCAUGAAAACUAUUGUAUUUGAGGGUCACAUUACUGUCUUGUAGUGGAAUCUUACAGCCAUUGAACAUGCCUGGCUCACUGAGCCCAGUAAAUCAAUGACAUUAAUAAUGGAUGAGCUUGUCUGUGAAAGUGCAGAGGGCUUCAGUGAGUGUUUUUAUUAGAGCUCCUCUGUCAAUGAACCGUGAACAGGAAACCUUAUAGGCUAUCCUCAUUGUACAUUUCACAUUAAAUCAUCCAGAAAUGCAAUGCCCACAUUUGGUGCACACAUUGUUAUCCUCACAUGUACCAUGAUGUCACAGGUGAUUUAGCCUUACAUUCCAGAUUUUUCUGGCAUUGUAAUAUUUACAGCUGCACACAUUGCCAUAUAAAGCCAUGUCUCGAUUUAUGGUUUCUCAGCAUGGAUGUACAGUAGUAGGCCUACACAUUGGAAUGAGAGAGGGGAGAGUCAGAGAGGCAGAGGAGAGAGAGAGAGAGAGAUACAGAGAGUAGAACGUUCUGAAGUGUUAAUUUGUAUUACACUGAAAUCAAUGCUAUUUGCAUAUUCAUAGAUACAUUGAUUUUUAAAAACUAUGAAGAUAUAUUAUUUGUAUUUUGUUCUUUGAAGGUAGCCUAGUCACUUUGAAGUAUCUCCUCAUGAUGAAAGGAUGUUAGAUGUUCCUCACAGUUGUCACUGCACCCAGAACAGGUGUUUUCCAAACAUGUGUUGGAUGUGUUUAUAGAUAUUCUAAUUAUUGCCCAGAAAUAAAUAGCCAAUUAUUAUUCAUGUACAGAGCUUGAACUCAAUAGUGACAUAGGCCUUCACAUAGUCGAUUUACUGGUGUUUAGGUAUGCCUAUCUAUAGCUUAAGUAAUUGGUUUAGGAUGGUUGUGUAAAUGUCAUAAUACAUCAACUACCAUUGAUGCUUAUGAGCCACAUGGUAUACAGUAGUAACUACAUUAAGGCAUUAUAAUGUCACUUCACACUAGAGGGCACUCUGAUAAUGUAUUAGUAUUGCUCAAAAUGAAACAUGAUAAGAUCAGAAAACAUUCAUAUAUGAUUUGUGUCCCUGCUCUGUAAACAUAAUAAUGUGCUUGUGCUGACCCUUCUGCAGACUGGGGUCUUUAGUGUUCAUAAAGAGGAAGUUGGUAUUGGUCUCUCAAUGGGAGUGUGCGGAAUCAUGGAAUGGGCUCUUGACUUUGUGGAUCGCUCUUGACUUGUAUAGUGAUGGUGUGUUGUGAUAUGCUAUGCCUCAUACUUUGGUAUUAUCUUUUCAAUAAGUGUCCUGCGGAUUAGGUGGAGUAUAUUAUGUGUUCUCAACGUUUAAUUAGUUUCCUUUUUAUUGUGUUUUUGCUGAGCAUUUGCAAACUGAAGCUUUGGUGCUUCUAACAAUGAAGUCAGUGAGUCUGUGUGACAACCCUCAGCUCAGCAGCCAAUCUAUUUCCAUAAUUGUUUUGUCUCUCGGGUGUUUUCUCUGUCAUCUGUGAGGCAGUCAGGAAGUGGGUGCCAGUGAAACAUAAGCUCAAUAUGAAUCAGCUCUUUAUGACACAGUAAUUGAGAGGUGGUGAGACACAGGGAGAAGCAUAACACAUGUUCUAUCAGAUCCCCAUAUAGCAUGUGUUAUACGACACAAUGUUUCUGAGACAAAUAAAGCAGACAUCUCAUUCUACCUAGUUGCUUUUUUUUAAAUAACAGAAUGUUCCAAAAUGAAUGCAAUGCUCCAAUGUUCUCCCUCCCUCUUCUCUCCCUCUUCCUCUCCCUCCAUGGUUUUCUCUCCCUCCCCUUCUAUGACGUUCUCUGUGCAUUUGGCUCUGUAUGUCUGUUAGGUCAGUGUGACCUUGUCAUAGUCUACAGAGGGGUGGAGAUGGGAGAGGAGAGGGGAGGAGAGUGAAGGAUAGAGGGAUGACGGGGAAAAUAGGGGGUAGGAAAUAGAGAGCCAGGUGACAGUUGAGCAGAAAAAUGUAUUCAUCUCCGAUGUACCUGUACAUUUACGAUGAAUUAUUUACAGGCACAUUAAAAAGAACUGUAUCAUUUGACAGUCAGAGUGCCAUCUAGAGCUUAUAACCAAGUGUCAAAUUGAACAUAGGUUGAUGUGUACGUGUGUCUGUGUGUCUACAUGUGGAUGUGCAUGCGUAAACAUUAGCAUGAUGCAAACAUGAUGCAAACAAACCAAGAAUGUCUCCAAUAAGAUGUGUGAUGUGUUCUGACGUUCACCAUAACCCUGAGAAAGAGUGCUACAUUAGCUAAAUGUGCUCCUACCUAGAUGAAUCAUCACCUGAGAGAGAGAGAGAGAGAGUGCGAGUGAGGAAGGUUAUAUCAGAGAUUUUGUACGAAUAACUUACACCAUCUGAGUGAUUCAGUGUCAUCCAAUGUGUCAUCCAAUUCUCAUUGCCUGUCUCCCAAAGUAGCUGCAUAUUUUGCUGGUUUGACAUUUAUAGCCUAUUCAUGAACAAUUGAAGGAAAUGGCUCAAUAAAUGAGUAGGGCAUGUUGUAUUCGUCUCACAGUGAUAACUGUGAUAUCAAUGGCAGUGCUUCCAACCACAGCAAAUUGCCCCCUCUGCUACGGCUGAAAGAGAAGACUCUAGAGGUGUAGAGGUCUACUGUUUCAUCCAGCAGUACUGUACAGUCUCAGGGAUCAUUUUCAUGGCUCGGCAGUUAAGAGAAAGUGGAAUUAAAAACACUCAAUGGCACAGCAGUAUAUAAUAAUCCAUUAAUUAAACAAUUUAUUACUACUAGUCCCACCUAAACAUGCAGUUAAUCCAUAGUGAAAACAUUGUUACAAAUACUUUUGAUAAUUACCCUGCAUAUAUCCUAAUUUUGUUAUAUAUUUGCUUAACAUUGUUGAUGUUGUUUAGUCAAGCUUGCAUUCUUUAUAUGUGCCAGAAAAUGGUAUCCUGCCGCUUUUAUUCAAAUGUGCCUUUUUAAAAACUUUUUUACACAACCUUCCUGCUGAUUAGAAUUGUGUAUGUAAUGGUAUGUGUCAUGUGUUUUGAGAGAGAAGGAAGGAGAGUAAGUGGGUAAAGGAUCGGCAUCUUCUCUCUGCAUUAUUUGUUUCAACUUGUGCAUUUCAUGGGGAAGUUGGACCUACCUCCUCCUUUCCCCCCUCUUCCAUCUCUUGUUCCCUGCCUCUUACUCCUUCUUCCUCCCUGCUCUCUCCUUCUCUCUCCCUCUCUUUGACUGUUUUUGUUGGUUCUGUCACAGUCGUUUCCACUUUCGUUAGGUGCUAAGCAGCUCAGCUCUCUCUCAUAAUCAUUCUUACACUCAGUACCUGAAGUUAAAUAAAAGUACAUUUUAUUUGUCACAUGCGCCGAAUACAACAGGUGUAGACGUUACCGUGAAAUGUUUACUUACAAGCCCUUAACCAACAAUGCAGUUUUAAGAAACUGUGCGGGGGUACAGGUUAGUCGAGGUAAUUGAGGUAAUAUGUACAUAUAGGUAGGGGUAAAGUGACUAUGCAUAGAUAAUAAACAGCGAGGAGCAGCAGCGUUAAAAAAAUGAGGGGUCAAUGCAAAUAGUCCGGGUAGCCAUUUGAAAGGUGAGUUUGUAUUUGAUGUGAUGCACUGUAGCCAGGGUUGAUGAGUAAUUGAUUACAUGUAAUCAGUUACAUGUUAUCUGAUUACAAAAUACUGUAACUGUCAUCAGAUACGUUACCUGAACAAAUAUUGUAAUCAGAUUACAGAUACUUUUGAAAAACUAGAUGAUUACUUAUUGGAUUACUUUUAAAUUCAGAAAGGAUGUCUGUAAUGGAUUACAUUUACAAAGUAACCUACCCAACCCUGACUAUAGCGCAUGUGCCCUACCUCUCCAGCUGUCUAUCCUCUAUGUCUUGUGUCUGUUCCCAUGUGCUGGACUAUUUCACAAUUUGUACAAACUGCUGUACAGAGAUAUGCUAGUUGAAACAGUAAUGAAAUGUGAAAGGAUUUUUAUUUGUAGAACUGCUUUUACUACUGUGUGGUGUAUUUAGGGACAUUCAUAUUUACAGUUGGUGUGUGAAACUGUUUCCCUGAUGAGGAGACUUUAUUUUGUUACUAUGCACUGCGUAUUUCGUUUUAAUCUACCACCUGACAAUUAUGUCAAAUAUAUUACUAGAAUAAGAACAAGUGACUUGUCAUUGAUUUAUUACAUUUACAUAUACAGUAAAGUCCAUUACAAUCUGCAGACUAGAGAGCACUUCAGCUCUGUAAAUUAGUUUACAAAGUGAUGGAGAGUAUUAUUAUGCUGUUUGCCGACUGAUGUCAUGCCACGUUUUUACAAUUAUAUUUCACUCAUGACAGCAAAAAAUAAAAAAGUGGGACAUCUACUACUUUCACAAUGUCUCUUACCAUUAGUAAUUAUACCUCUACUUGGCCUGCCUCUUGAAACAUGCACUUUCGUAGAAUCUUUUUUUUUAACCAAACCAAAAUUGCAAGUGAAGUCUUUGGCACAAAUGGUCGGUCCUGGGCAUCAGUGUAGAAUGAUGGGCAGAUCCAGGUUCUAGUAGCAGAUCCAGGUUCUAGUAGCAGAUCCAGGUUCUAGUAGCAGAUCCGGGAUCUAGUAGCAGAUCCAGGUUCUAGUAGCAGAUCCAGGUUCCAGUAGAGGAUUAAGAGUUAAAUGGAGUGCAGUCCUAGUUCACUGAAAGAAAGUGUCUUCUCUUCAAUCUAUUCUCUGUCUUUCAUCCAUUAGUCUCUCUCCCCUCUCCCCUUGUGUGUGUGUUUACUGUCGUUUUGACAGUGUAUAGGUCUCAAGUGCCAGUCUACACAAUGUGACCAGUAAACUGUUAUGAUGAAUGAAUGGAAAGUUGUCCACACACUUUUUUAUUGAUGUGGAUAUACAGCCUCCACCCUCUCUCUCUCUCUCUCUCUCUCUCUCUCUCUCUCUCUCUCUCUCUCUCUCUCUCUCUCUCUCUCUCUCUCUCUCUCUCUCUCUCUCUCUCCCUCCCUCUCUGUCUCAAACACAAACACACACACACACACAUUAAAACAUUCACAUUUAGAACACAUUUUACUGACAGCAAUGACAGCAAGUGUCACAUUACUGAUAACAAGCACUGUAAAUGUCUCCACUGAUGUGCCAACAGGCUGGCUAACAGACCCCAUCCCACUGGCAGCAUUAGCAGAUCUACUAUAACUAUCGCAUUAUGUUUGGUGUGUGAAAGGUUUAUGUAAAAAAAAAAAAAAAACACUUUCAUAAAUGAGGAAGUGGGAGUAGGAUGAGUGGGAGUAAUGUAUUAAACAGGAGAGGGCUUUUGGGUGUGAAAGCUGUCGAUAAUUCCUGCUAGACUAGCGUAAAGGAAAUUUGAUAAAAAGUAGCAAGCAGCACAAGCUAAUGACUGAUAAGUAUUACAACAUGACUGCAGCAUGACAGAAUUAACAGGUCAAAGGUAGGGCCCUAAACACAUUGAACAGGUCAUUCAUAUGAAAAGGAUAUUAUGCACUACAGCCCUUACAACGUGUUUUUUUUUCUAUCAAAUUUAUUUGACAAGGCAUGUAGAUUGUUAAGAAAUUAGAGACUCACUGACACUAUACACAUCAAAUUUACUGACUACUCCCUCUCAACUCUACCUCUGAGUUCAUUCUGUCCCGAAGCUGCUGUUGACUACGGGUCUCUGGCCCCCUAUACCCAAACCCCCCUGGCCCCCCUGGAAAGCUGGUCCAGGAAGACAGGAGGCAGUACAGAGGGGGUGCAGUCCUGUGAUGAAAGGGGCCUCCCCCUUUGAGGGGCCUAUCAGGAGCCCCUCAUAACCCUAGCACUAAACUGCGCUCUCAUUCACAACAUUAUGGGGCCCACCUCCAUCUUCCUGCGCAAGAGCCUGGCCGAUAUCAGGCAGGCUGUAAGUAAGUCUGGACACACACAGACACAUAUACACUGAGUAUACCAAACAUUAAGAACACCUUUCUAAUAUUGAGUUGCACCCCCUUUUGCCCUCAGAACAGCCUCAAUUCGUUGGGGCAUGGACUCUACAAGGGGUCGAAAGCGUUCCACAGGGAUGCUGGCCCAUGUUGACUCCAAUGCAUCCCACAGUUGUGUCAAGUUGGCUGAAUGUCCUUUGGGUGGUGGACCAUUCUUGAUACACACGGGAAACUGUUGAGCGUGAAAAACCCAGCAGCAUUGCAGUUUCUUGACACAAACCUGUACGCCUGGCACCUACUACCAUACCUGUUCAUAGGCACUUACGUUUUUUGUGUUGCCCAUUCACCCUCUGAAUGGCACACAUAAAUCCACGUGUGUUAUCUCAACGCUUAAAAAUCCUUCUUUAACCUGUCUCCUCCCCUUCAUCUACACUGAUUGAAGUGGAUUUAACAAGUGACAUCAAUAAGGGAUCAUAGCUUUCAUCUGGAUUAACCUGGUCAGUCUAUGUCAUGGAAAGAGCAGGUGUUUUUAAUGUUUUGUAUACUUAGUGUACAUUGAUGUAUCAAUGUGUAUGUGUGUGUGUGUGUGUGUUAAAUGCAACCAGACAUGAGGUGUGUGGCAGAUAGAGUACAAAUAUGUGGAUGAGACUGUAAACAGGGACUUACCUACCUGGAGCUACUGUAUUCCUUGCCCAACGCUCUGUGUUUUACAUUCUAUGUUUGUGUUGUGACUGAUGUCAAAAGAAACCCCCGCGCUUUGUGUGACAUUAUUGGAUUAAUUUAGGAUUCUGAUGGCUGCUUUAUGUUUAGCCUAAUAUAUUUCAUUGGGCCACUCUGGUUCCGGUCAGACAGUCCUUUGGGCCUGACGUCAGAGUUGACGCUGUGUUUACAGUUCUCCCUGCAGAUUAACCCCUAAGGUUUCUGGAAUAUGUCUCUCUCUCUCUCUCUCUCUCUCUGUCCUCUAUAUCCUUUAAAGGUUGCUUUCAUCAUAAGCAAGAGCUGAAAAAAGAACACAGCUACAUUCCUUGCAGACUGAAAGAGAUGCGUUUCCCGGUUGUGCUCUGUCUCUAAUGACGCUGGGAGCAGUCUGAACGGAUGUCAUUAAGAUAUUUGAAACAUUCCAGUGACUAUAUAGCUAUUGUCCCUUGCUUGAGUUCCACCAGAAUAGAUAGAGGAUUAUCAUGGAGCAGACUGCAGAUUCACCUUUUGAAGUCACUAUGUUCCUGGUAUUGUUAACAUCAGAUAGUGUAAGAAUAUAAUGUGAUGGACUUUGACGAUUGUUUUCUCUAAAUGACUUAAUCAUAAUCUUUAUUUAUUAAUUGUCAACUUAAUUUUAUUGGAAGUUCUGAUUACACUGACACUGUCUUCUUUGCCCCAAUAGGACAGAGACCUGAGGCCAGAGGAGAUUGAUGGUAAAUUGUUUUUCAUUUAUGUUCCUGUGCUUGUCUCUCUGUAGUUGUGUCUCUGGUAGUGGCAGUAGUUUUCAGAUUACCGCAGAGUAAUCUUUCUCUGUAUUCUCUCUGCAGAGUUGCGGGAUGCUUUUAAGGAGUUUGAUAAGGACAAAGACGGUUUCAUCAGCUGUAAAGACCUGGGAAACUGUAUGAGAACCAUGGGAUACAUGCCUACUGAAAUGGAGUUGAUAGAACUGAGCCAACAGAUCAACAUGAAUUGUAAGAGUGUGCCCUAGUCUAGAUAUUUGCAAUACAGGUACAUUACACCAUGGUUUGCUAAUUCCCUCCCCUAACAUCUUCUCUUUCCCUCGUUCAUUCUCUUUUUGGGAAGUGGGAGGUCAUGUCGACUUUGAGGAUUUUGUAGAGUUGAUGGGCCCCAAACUUCUCGCUGAAACUGCAGAUAUGAUUGGUGUGAAAGAACUAAGAGAUGCCUUCAAAGAGGUGAGAAACUGGAUUGCCAGAGAGAGGGAGGAGAGGGUGAUUACGGAGAGAAGUAGUUAUGUUGCCUGUCUAUCUAAUAUUUCAUGAUCUGGAUUAUGAAUGUGAUCAUUUGUUUUUUUCCUCAUGAAGUUUGACACCAAUGGUGAUGGAGCGAUAAGCACAGCUGAGCUGAGAGAAGCCAUGAGGAAGUUGCUGGGACAACAGGUGAGGUUACAGAUUGAAGUCUGUCUGAGUAGCUUAAUCGAUGUAUGCAUCACUACUAAAAACGGUUUGUUUUACACACACUUAUUCCUCCUAUGUUACUGGACUGUAGGUUGGCCACAAGGACUUAGAGGAUAUUCUGAGGGACAUCGACUUGAAUGGUGAUGGGCAUGUUGACUUUGAAGGUAAACUGAUGCAGGGUUUGUUUAUCUAUACCAACAGAAUAAUAAAAUCACAGAAAAUAUUGUAA